GUAACAGCGCAACCGGUAUCGGAAAGAGGUUCGAAUUCUCGGAAAAUUCGUGGAAAAGAAAGAAGGGAAGAAAGGGGAAGAGAGAACGUCCAAACUGCAAAUUCUACGGCCAACAAAAGGCCUGAUAAUGUAGCUAAGAGGAUCUACCAAUGGUGUAGUCAGUGUUGCGGAAAGAAAAAAGCUAAGAUAGUCAGAGCGCGCAAAUCCAAGUCAAAUUUCUUUAAACGUUUGAAAGAAAAAUGUAAGAAGCGUAAGAAAAAAAAGAAAAAGACUACUUUCAGCGAGGAACGUCGCGUUUCUCCGGUACAACACGAAGACACAGUUAAGGAAACGUCGAGAAAAGAGCAGGACGAAGGAUUCGAUGAAUCGAAGGGUGCAAAGGAAAUCAGGAAGAGGAAGAAGAAGAAGAAGAAAGAUGUUUCUGAACCACCUGUGCGUACGUUUCAAACGGAUCAGGAAGAGAAAGUAAUCGAUGAUCGUGCUUCCGAGUUAGGGAUAGAUUUCACCAAAAGCUGUUGUUAUUUAUGCGCUCAAAACACAAUGGCGAUCGCGGCAGCAAUGUCUAAGAUAGGAAAGUUCCAUAUGUCCAUACAAGCUUCUACCAAAGAAACAUUAACCUCUGACAAAAGUUGUAGCCCAACUAUGCAUGUUAGAACCGUACAGUCAUCCGUUAAGGUAAAAAUGCGCGAUAUGGGUACCCUGCACCCUGAUAAAAAAAAGAGGAAAAGGUCAAGGCCGAAGUUAAAGCUUAAUAAGAAGCUUAAUAUUCUUCCAAGAUUAAAAUUUCCCGCGUAUCCAAAAGUACGAACCGUUGCUUGCGGAACAGAUAAAUCGACGAAACAUAAUAAUAUGCCACAAUGUAGAACAAAUCGUGGGGCCAACUGCGUAACCGACGCUAAUCUAACGUAAAAUGAUAAAAAAAUCGAUGACAAACGAAGAAACGUUUUAUUCGAUAAAGAGAUAUUCGGUUUCACACGUCCGUACGGAUGAAGAUUUGAAACUUCGCUCGUUGACGAAGAUUUUU